AUGGAUCGCUUCGACACCGAGCUAUUCAUCGAUGAGGUGGAAAAGAGACCUGUUUUGUGGGACAUCCAACGUGCAGAAUAUUCUAAUAAAAUUAUUAGAAACGGAGCUUGGCAGGAGCUGGUAGAGAUUUUUGGAGAAAAUGAGGAUUCUUUGGAAAAAAAGGUUCUUUUUGGUGUAACAUUACAAAAAAAGUGGAAGAACAUACGGGAUGCUUAUAAUAAGGAAUUCAAGAAAGGCAAAUCAAUUCCUUCUGGUUCUGGUGCAUGUAAAGGUUCAAAAUACAUGUAUUUUGAUCGGCUUUAUUUUCUUCAGAAGACGGUAGAGAACAAAGAAACGACCUCAAACAUACAUGAAGCCAAAAAUGAAGGAAUUCAAAACAUUGAUCAAAACCAAGAUAAUUUUGUUAAUGCACGUGAAAUACAAUCAGUACCCAGUAAAAGGAAGAAGACUAAAAUUACUUCAGAAGAGCGAUUGGCUGACAUAUUAGAAAAUAGCAUUGAAUCAAGGGAUAAAAUACAGAGACAAUUACAAGAAAGUAUGUCAAAGCAAGAUGAUGAUGAUAAGCUUUUUUGUAUGUCAUUGUAUAAAGAGUUAAAAAAAGUCCCAGAAAAUAAGCGUUUGGCUACUAAAAUUGAAUUACUCCAGGUAAUACAGAAAGGGCAGAAAUUACCAGCGCCUAUUCAUAUUACGAGCCAGCAGAACACGCCUAAUGCAGUAUUUUGGCAAAGCCAACAAUAUUCAAACCCACAAGGAUAUUUUACUGGAUGUUCUACAAUUGUACCAGGAGAGUCUCCAUCGCCUUUAUCAUGCAGUAGCACUGACGACUCACAGUCUUCUAUAGUACAAAAUAUAUAUUCUGAUGUAUAA